GACUGGGGCGCACGAGAGACAGAGAGCUGGAAUUGCAGAGGCAGAGACGCACGGGCGCACGGUCGAUUUUCGCCUCCCGCAUACUGGGGAGUCCCGUGCCUGUCACCAAAACCACAGCACAGGGCUCGAGCGCGGUUAUGUCAGCACCUUAAUUGGGGACAAGACUGUGAACCAACCUCCCUGCUCCUCAUUUUUUUAUUUUUCCCCUCCUUUUGUGUUUUUGCUUUCACAUCUUUGUGGGUGCAGAUAUUGAUGUGAGCCAGAGGAGCGGUUUUUCCGUUGAGCCGCACGAGACGGUGGCGCGCGACGGCAGGAGGAGAGACAACGUUUACAUUGAUGUGGGAGGACUAUCUCCCUCCGACGCGGGGAGCCAAGAUGAAGGGGAAAUGCUGUGCGCUGACGGCUGCAGCCGUCAAGGCAACGGCUCCGUGACCCGGGCGAGGAGAGGAGCGAAACACCGCCACCCAACCAUGGGCAAAAGACAGGAGCAGAGGGGAGAGAGAGAAGUAUGUGAGCUCUCCACUGCAGUAUUGAUGACCCAAUGAUCCCCUGCAGAACAGAGCCAGUCAGGCAGACAGAGUGAGGCUCAACUCAGAAUCAAAAUCAGAAUCAGCGCCACAACCAUUCGGUAAAAGCAACCAAUUGAGCAGGAUAUGAAUGGUCCUUGAAUCUUCUUGCCAGCUGUUAGAGGAAGACAGCUACAAAGAAGAAACACGAAUUUUCAUACAGCAGAAAACAUCACCCUCUUUUUCCUCCCUCAGUACCAGCAAGACCGUCAAUUGAAUGAGUGGCUUGUCAGAUCACCUACAUUCAGGCCAAACUGGGGCUCCAGUGGGCUGUGGUGGGACUCAGGCAGAGGUAAAAGCGUGUGUGGGGGGGCUGGAGGGGCUGGCGGGACCUGAGCUCUGGACCAGGGAGCUCGGGCUCCAGGAGGGGUCCCAGGAUCCCUCUAACGAUGGACUGGCACCGGUGACUUCCGACCACUUUCCCUCCUCCUCUCCUACCGCCCUGGCCAACGGCCUCCAUCUGCAGAGACGGCUGGCGCACAGCUCCUGCCGGCGGAGGCAGACAGAGACUCAUACUACUGCUGAGACGCAUACAUUUGCAGAGACACUUAGAAACAUGCAAACGCACACAGACCCAGAUGUGCAUGCACACGCUGUUUCACACUCACACAUAGAUAAUUGUGGACACAUGGAUAUCAACACACAUACAGGGUCUGUAGUGCCAGAACGCUCCAGAACUCUCACACCAGAGGCCAUACACACAACUUCACCUCAAGCCCUGUCUUUGGCACAUGGCAAUCAUCCUGCCUCCACCAAUCAGCUGGCAGCACCAGUCCUCACUGCAGAGACAGACAUGCCCUCAACCUUUUGUCCAGUCCCUGGUGGUCCAAACCCAAACAUAGGCUCCUCUCCUCUUCCUGUGGAGGCAGAGAAAAAGUAUGCACUCCGCAGCUCUGGACGUCCCCGCUUCCCCUGUCACCUGCGCAAAUCCUCCCGCCUCCGCCGAAGCAUAGAGGAUGUGGAGAAGAGAGCAGGGAGAGAGAGGGGGGGAGAGGAGGAGCAUGAAGUAUUGGAGGAGAAGAUCUGGAGGGUUAAAGAGGAGGAGGUGGCUGUUGUUGAGAAAGAAGAGCGUUCGUCUGUGGAGGCUGUUCUCCCCACGGUUCCCUGCCCUACAGACAUCGCUUUUGCUCUAACUGUACCUAAACCUGUUCCUAAAGCCAUACCAAAACCUGGACCCAGAUUGGGGCAUAGACCUGGCCCUAAAUCCAGGUCUAGACCCGCACCAAAAUCUGUGCAUAAAGCAGCUCCUAAAAGUGUCAUGAGAAAGCGUCAGGCAGCCCAAUCCAUAGCUCAUCGCGCUACCCCUCAUCUCUCUUUUGCAAACACAUCCACCAUCCCUGCACCUUUGCUAGCUGUGAAGGACGAACCUGUUGCAGACUUGGGGGCAUCUACUUCCGGUAACCGGAGACGUGGGCGCUUUGUGGGCGUGAGGAAGAUUGUUGUCAAGGUGGCUCGCAUCCCUGUGAGCCUUAGCCGCCGACAGAAGAGCUACAAGAUUUCCAACUUGGAGACAGUUACAGGGACAGAGAAAGGCCAAGAUGGUAGUGUGGAGGGCCCAGAGGUUGUUCGAGAGCCGACUGCACUUCUCCGCAUGAAGAACAAUGGAAAGAGUGUUAUGGUGAUGUUCCCCCCUGGUGAACUGCCUGUCAUACUCAAACGCAGGAGGGGACGACCACCUAAACAGCCUCUGCCUGGAAUACCGGGAGAGCCUCAGAAUGCUGGGAAUGCUGGUGGUAAUGGAGACCAGCCCAAGAAGCCCCAGAGGCGACGUCGGACUAAACUCCCUUCCCCUUAUCCAUCUUAUGUUAAUGAUACUAAUGAUGUGAAAACAGAGUAUGGGGAUGUUCUGUCCAAACUGGCCUUUUUAAACCGCCAGCCCCCUGCCACUGGCCGCUGCUCUCCCCCUCGCUGCUGGACACCCAGUGAGCCAGAAAGCUUUCAUACUCCCCUGGAAAAUCCUGGAAUAUCCACCCUGCUCCACCGGCUCACAGGGUUCAGACGCCCCCGAGGUGGCAGAGGCGGCGGCGCUGGAAGAGGUGGAGGAGGAGCAGGAGGGAUUGGGGGCAGUGAGCGCAAUAAGAGCACAUUCAGUGACUUCUUUGAAUCCAUUGGCAAGAAGCGGAAACCGAGUCCCCUUUCUGAGCACGGAUUACCUAGGAAAAGGGGAAAGGGUGGAGGUGGAGUUGGUAGGGGAGGGGGUAUUGUAGGAACGGAGCCUGGGGGAGAGAAAGUAGUCAGGAAGAGACGUGUGAGAAAAAAUGGUGCAUUUAAAGGGGAGGGAGUGUCCAUGGGGCAGGAGUGGCCCAAUGGAGCAGGUGGCUGGGGUGAGGAGGGGGGUAUGGACAAGGAGAAAGGUUUAGGUGGGUAUCAGCUUUGUGGAUCUCCAAGGGGGGGCUUUUCCUCCUGUGAGGUUGGAAGAGGAGGUGUCUACAGCAGUCCAGGAGGAAGCAGAGGGGUUGGGCCAGCUGGGGAGGACUCACAAGGCCUUUUUGCUGGAUAUUUCCGGUCACUCCUUGACUCUGAUGAUUCAUCAGACCUGUUGGACAUCUCCUCCUCGCAGUCAGAUCCCCGCAAAGCUUCAUCCACCCCUGGUUAUGAGCCAUCCAGUCCAGCUACUGGUCACAGCUGGUCCCCUGCAUUCCCCAAGUGGAGCACCAAAGGUGCAAGUUCUGGGGUGGAGGGUUCAGCCCAGACACAUUGCUCCUCAGCCAGGCCUCCAUAUAGCUAUGGCAGCCUGGCCCAAACAUCGCCCACCACUUCUACCUAUCCCAAAUCCACUCCUCCAACUCUGUCACACUCUCCUAGCUCCCCCCACCCUGCCUCUUAUGGCCAUUACUCCUCUGGUUACUCCACCUCUUCUCCUGCAGUGCCACAGAGAUCCUCAGACUGCAGCUUUGCAUAUGGAUCUGGACACAGCAGUGGCAAGGCCACCACUGUUGGUCAAAUGGGUUAUUCUAGCUACCAGGCAGCAGUCAAGCGAGGUUAUAGUGGAUAUUCUGUGACAGGUCAUUCCUCCAUACUGCGGGGGGAGUCGACAGGACCCACAUCACCAGGAGGAGCGUACAUGUCUGUGGCCAAAAGUAGCCCCUUCAGCUCCUCCUCCUCUCCAGAAGGUUACAAACAGUACAGCUCCAAUCCGUGGAGCUACAGGCAAGGUUUUGGUGGCUGGGCAACAGACAGCUUUGGGCAUCAGUAUCACGGCUACAGUGAAUAUGGCUCCAAUGAGUCCAAAGACAUCUUGGAUAUCUCCAACUACACCCCCCAGAAGGCCAAGCGACAACCUUUUCCUGAAAGCCUUUCAGAAUCCUCCUCUGACUCUUCACAUCUUGGCUCUGUAGCCACUGUUAGUGGACCCAGCUCCACAGGUGGCACGUACAAACAGAAUGAGGCUGCUUCUGUGAGUGGAGAGGGGGGUCAGUCAAGUCUGUCCAGCCUGGAGAAGUUGAUGAUGGAUUGGCAUGAGAGUGCUUCAGGGCCCUCGUAUAACUGGAGCCAAAAUGUCCUCUUCCAGGGUGGGGGAACCAGCAAACCUGGCCGCGGUCGGAGGAAACGGACUGAACCACAAUUAGAAAAGGAAGGAGGUUCUGCUUUACACUCUGAUUCUCCAUCCAGUCCCUCCCCGACGCCCACUCCUGGACCUAAGCGGGGAGGGGUUGGAGGACGAGGCAGAGGGUCUAGAGGAGGCAGAGGGGGUUUGUCUCCAUGUCAGAGAGAGCGGCCAUCAGGCGCCAAAGGCAGGGGCAAGGCUGCCUCUACAUCUGGAGCUGGAGGACCAGUGACUGUUGGAGGUCCAGAGGGCUCUGGGCUGUUCCAGGAGGGACUGGACUAUUACAGUGGAGACAGUAGUAGCCUCUCUCCCCUGGCCACUCCCAAUCCUGCACCACCUUCCAGCUACCUCCAGGACCCCUGUGAGUACCCUUCCCCUUAUUCUGCCCACCCCUCCACUCCUUCCUCCGAGGAGCGAUAUCCAGCCUUAUACCCUGGUGAGUCCUCCUCUUCCCUCUCACCCAGUGUCUCAUCUCCCCCUUACCCUCCCAAGCCCACCCCUCCUCCUCCACAGUCUUACCACCCUGUCCCCUCCAGGACCUUCUCCCCCUCCUGCUCUCCCUCACCCCGGGUAACACCCCACUGCGGCACUGCACUGAGUCCCUCACACCGGCCCCCACCAAAAGACCCACAGUUCUCGCAGUAUGACUCUCCCAGCUACUGCAGCUCCCCCUACUGGUACGGACAGACAUCGCACAGCAGCAGCCCCAGCCCGCACUCACACAGCACACACUCAAAUACAGCCGUGCACACACACAGCAACCCACACACAAGUCCUCAUGGAAAUACACAUGGUAAUCCGCUCACUAGCCCAAAUGCGAACACACACACACAUAUGAACCCGACUCCCCAUGACACACACCAUCACAAUACCCAGCCCCACGCAAACCUGAGCUCACACACCAACACCCAUCCCACCUCACACCUCCAGAGCAACCCCCUCUCCCACUCAAACCCUCACACCAACAAUCAGCCUCACCACAACACACACACCAACCCUAACUCUCACCUCCACUCCCACUCAACGCCUGUGCUGUAUGAGGAGUGCAGCCCUUCCUCGACCGGGCCCCCCCACAAGCGGGAUAUGACCCCCCAUGCUAUGAGCACAGGCCAUCGCCAGGCCCCCUUGCCACUCUCCCCGUACCCCAAACCUCCCCUGGACUCCUCGCCCCAUCAGGAGGACACUAGUGGCUUCACCUUGUCCCAUCAAUCCUACCAGGGCAUGGGACACCGCUACCCCUCCCAGGCGACUCAGGGAGGUGGGGUGUUGUGCCAGCUCCUGGACCCAGCCAAUGAUGACAGCUUCAGCGUCACCAGCCUGUAACAGCAGGUGCAUUCAAUCCAAGCUUUUACAGAUUUGCAAACAUUUUCUUUUCUUUUUUGGUAAGGAGACUUCUUUGUGAGAGACUGUGAAAUGAAGGGUGAGAAUUUAGCUGCCAGCUUUGGACAGUAAAGCUUUAAUUCUCCAGCACUGACAAUCAAGAUCAACAGCAACUUAAACACCUAAGCAUGCACACACACACACAAAUGCACAAACACACACACAAACACGCACACAUAGACACGCAUGUGCAGAUUAAUUCACUACCUAAACAAGAACACAUAAAUCCAUACAUGUGUACACUCACUCACACUCUAUGCUGGAAUGAGGGAAUGGCCGAGAGGAGCUGACAGAUGAAUACCAGACGCUGACGGACAGAUAUAGACCUAUUUCCUCACCCCUUUGAAUCCUGCUGUGAUACGUGGAGGACUCAGUUUCCCAGAAGUCUGUAUCUCACCAAUCUCCUGUUCUGUACAUCUGCAAUAU